UUUUUUGAUCAGGCGAUGGUUAAUAAUGUUUAGUAGUGACCCGGAAGUGGAUUUUCUACCAACAGCAGCAGCAGAAGAAGAAGCGCGUCCUUCCAGGAAGUAACGUCAGAAUGCUGAGCAGGCUCGAGGCGUCCAGAGCUUCAAGAUGAGCAACUGGAGAAAAGACAAAGAGGAGGACGACUACUAUGACUGCCAAGAGAGUCUGGAGGAGGAGGAGAAAGAGGAGGAGAAAGAGGAGGAGGAGAUGAAGAUGAAGAUGAAGAUGAAGAAGGAGAGUGGACAGGACACGACAGAGUCUGAGGACUUUUAUAUAAAGACAAACAGACUGAGUGACAACAGAGACACAGAGAGAGAGACAGGAGGAGGAGGAGGAGGAGAUGAAGGAGGAGGACAAGAGGAGGAAGAGGAGGAAGUGAAGGAGGAGGUUGACCAGGGAGUGGAGUUUGAUGACGAUUAUCUGAGGGAGGUGGAGAAGGAGCUGACGGAGGAGGAGAAAGAGAGUCGACGGCAGCAGAGUUUCACUCUGAAAGAAACUGGAAACAGUCACUUUAAAGCUGGAGACUGGACCGAGGCUGAGCGGAGCUACACCGAGGCCCUGGUCCUGUGUCCUGUUGGUUUCAGUCGAGAUCGAGCUGUGCUGUUCUCCAACAGAGCUGCUGCCCGAUUGCACCUGGACCUGAAGGAUCAGGCCAUUUCAGACUGCAGCAGAGCGAUAGAACUGGAUGCAAACUACCUGCGGGCGUGGCUGAGGAGGGCGGAGCUUUACGAGCAGACGGAGAAACUGGACGAGGCUCUGGAGGACUACAAAAAGGUCCUGGAACAAGAUCCGAACCACAGCGGGGCCAGGCAGGCCAGCAUGAGGUUACCUCAGCAGAUUCAGGAGAGGAACGAGAAGCUGAAGGAGGAGAUGAUUAGUAAACUGAAGGACCUGGGGAACAUGAUCCUGAGGCCUUUUGGACUCUCCACCAGUAACUUCCAGGUGAACCAGGACAGAGACAGCGGCUCCUACUCAGUCAACUUCGUCCAGAACCCCGGCAACAACAACAGAUGAUGACAUCAUUGUGAUGUCACCUAUUUACCCGUCUACUGCUCAACCAAUAAACACACAUCUGAUCCCUGGAA